GCAAAUGGCGCGCAAGUAGAAAAAUAAAAGUAAAUUGAAAAACAAGUUUUGGCAUUUAUGCAGCUGACAUUCUAACUUUUCAAGUUAGACAAGUCAAUUCAAAUCAUCUGAAAUAUGACUGGAGCAUUCUCAGGCAAUAUCAAGUCACUUGAUGAACAAGUGAAUGUUGAUGCCCCACUGUUUCAUGUUGUCCCUUAUGUGACUGGGGGAUUUCAGAGACUGCUACACCUGAUCAAGACGGACUGCGUCCCAGAUUUACCUGAAUAUGGUUACCAUACAAAUAGUGAUGGACAUUUUGACCCUAAAGGUGACUGUAUGAUAGGACUGAGGUACAAAGUGAAGAAGAUCCUUGAUGCCAAAGGCCAGUCUGCAGUUCUUGUCCUGGCUCAGGAUGAAUUUUCUCACAGACCAGUAGUUAUAAAGGUUUUACACUCGCAUUUCUACCAGCUUGGGGGACAGGAAAGCCACGUAUUGAGGAAGCUAGCAGUGGCUGAUCCACUCAACCUUUCCCAUACACUGCGAUUACUGACAACUGUGGCAUUUGACAGUCAUUACUGCCUGGUUUUUGACCCACUGCUGCCAGAUCCAUUGACAUCUGUGUUCAGUAACAUUCCAUCUCACAGGAUACUCAGUGAUGUUAGAAGAGUUGGUUUAAGAUUACUGGCAUCUGUAGGAUUUCUCCAUCAGCAGAACUUUAUACAUACAGACCUCAAACCGGACAACAUCCUUCUUAAACAUGAGAAUGACCUUGACAGUGUACAUAUUGUAGACUUUGGGAAUACAAUAAACUAUGUUCAUAGUGAGGUGUCCCUGUAUUACAAAGACUUCGAGCUGCAAACUCCAUUGUACAGAGCUCCAGAGGUGAUGUAUGGUGUACCAUUUGGGCCAGAAAUAGAUAUAUGGUCGCUGGGAUGUAUACUGGCUGAGCUGGUCAUUGGUAAACCACUGUUCCUGGGUAUCACAAAGGAGGAAAUUAUGGAGCAGAUGACUUCCUUGCUUGGACCAUUUCCUGCCAAGAUAUUCCGACGUGGAAAGUAUUAUAAAACCUUCAGAAAGUACACAAGUGAUGAGGAUCAAGCUAAUUGUACUCUGAAGCUGAUGGAACAUUUACAGUGUAAGGAUAUACAGUUUGCUGACCUGAUUGCACGAAUGCUGAUAUAUAAUCCAGAGGAGAGGUUGACAGUAUCUGAGGCUGCAAGACAUCCAUUCUUUGCUAGUUAUCUCCCCUUGGCUUUCCUCUUGCCUUCCAACACUGGAUGCUCAUCAUGCCCUGCUGUAAGUUUAACAAAGGAAUCCUACAGUUACAAACCAUAUAUAUCCUCUGACAUCAGGAGACAGCCAUUAUCUAGCCUGGACCUUCUCAGACAGGGCACGACAGAGUUACCUAACUUAGAAGAGACAAAUGUUAUCAAACCUUCUCCAAGGCAAGGGAAAUAUAGAGAUAGUACUACAGGAAAGUCGACCGAAAUGGAAGAACCUGUCAUCACAAAAGCAGCCAAUGUGCCACCAAAUAGAAAGGCCCUUACUGAUGUGUCGGUUGUCAGAAAUUUCAUUGUCGAUAACGAGAAAAGAAAAUAUUCUGAGAAUGUUAAGGAUAAAAUGUCUUCACUACUAGAAGCUAUAAGACAAGAACAAGAUUGUGUGGAAGAUGAUUUAGAACGUAGAGAUAGAGCAGGGAAAGCUGGACUCGUGAACGAAAAUGCUAGUGAUCGAGCUGUAGCGACUGAACAAUUCAGGAGUGAGGUCACUAUACCGAGGCCUUGUCCGCGUUAUGGUAGAUUUGAUGUUAAUGAUAAAGUUGUUGAGGACAAAACGUCAAGAAAAAUUAAUUCUAAUCGUGGCCUAAGGAAUACGUUUGCAAGAGGUGUGAUGCAUGGUAAAGAAAGUAGACAUACAAAUUUUGUAGAACCUUCAUGUUCAAAUCAGAACUUCGAAGAUAAACAAAUGGACAAAAUGUAUAGAGUUCAAAACAAACAUUUAGUCUCUGGAAAAGUUGAUAAAGAGUUGUCAAUUCAGUCUGAAGAUACUACCGUAUCAGAUGGUUCACCCACAGCUCACGGAAUCAGAGCGAGGCAUCAUGGGCCACAGUCAACUGGAUUUGAGAAAAUUUCUGUACAUGAAAAAAACAAGAUGAAAGGAGCAUCAGAAUUGUCAUUUGACGGGGGAAAGCGCUCUGUUCUGAGUGGCAAAUCGGACAUAAAUUCAACAGAAAGGGAGACUUCACUGGUCUCAGGAUAUGAUCAUGACAUGUCGGAAGCUAACGGACAAGACACAUCAGAAAGUUCGUAUUACGAUAGCGAUUCCGAUACUAACUUAUCACAGGUUGGAACUUUCUAUUCUGGAAAACCCGAACGAAGGAUGGAGUAUUCAAGGUCUUCAGAUCAAAGUACAAAAAGUAAGGAAAUGAAAAAUCUCCGAGGACAAGUACUGGAGAAAAGACAGAAUAAAUACUGUGAACGGAAACUAUCCCAUCAUAGUGGUUCUUCUUCAAAUUUCAGAACCUAUAGAGAUAAUCCAAAGGAUGCUGAAGAUGGCACAUCAAAAAGCUUACAAAGAAGUGAAAGAGGUGCAAAAAUGACGGGAGAUAUUUUUUCCCCUUCUUUACCUGUUAAGAAACAUCCCGUGGGUGAAAGAAUCCUAAAAGGUGUGGUGUCCCCUAGCUUUGGUAACAGAAAAAGAUUAGCUAGUGAAAGUAUAUCGGAUAAUGAGGAAUAUGUGGAGCUUUUGUCCCCACUUGUAGCCAGGUCAGACAAGAAAAAAGUUAAAGCUGCAGUCUCGGGAACAUUUGUAACAAAGACGCAUUUCCUUCAGGAUGAUAAUUCACCACAUCGAAGGAAGGAACCACAAAAAGUUAAAGCUGCAGGCUCGGGAACAUUUGUAACAAAGACGCAUUUACUUCAGGACGAUAAUUCACCACAUAGAAGAAAGGAACCACAAAAAAGAACGAAGUCGAACAUUGAAGAAAGUCCUCCUGAAACUGUUGAUAAGAUGAAUAUUCCUGGUCAGGAUACGGGUAUAAACAAAUUAGAUAAAUCCCAGUUGAAAAGUUUGUCAAGUCAAAAAGAAUAUAGACCAAAUAUUUGGGGAACAGGUAGUAAGGUUUAUGAGAAAGAACACAAAACCCUGCAUAAACCAUCUUGGAAUGAUGAUUUGACACCCAGCUCUCGACAGAAGAGGGUUGGCAGGGUAAUGGGAGGGAGAAUGUUUAUAGAAAGGGAACUACCGGCUGUCACACCAAUCAAGAGGGAAGAUAAAUUUUCUGGGAUGAAAGAUUGGAUGAUAGACAGUCCUGAGAUAAUUUAUAAAGACAGAAUUGUAGGAAAUGGGGAAUGUGUAAAGAAAGAGAGAGAAAAGUUCAGUGGACAAGUACCUAGAACAAAACAUAGUGAAAAAGGCGUGAAUAAUUCCCGGGAUAAUUGUUUACAAGAACACUCAAAGCGGAGGUCAUUAUCAAACAAAAGUAAAUCUAAUGAAGUAAUACACGCACAAAAAUUUGACAGGAACAGGGACUUGAAUACUGUGGAGAAAUCAAAGGUCAUGAGGCGAAAUUCAUUUGAACGUGCAGAAAAGAUGGAGACCGUUCCAAAUAAAAUGUGCGAUGUCCCAAAUAAAAUGGGUGAAUUCUCCUUCAAAGGAACGCCAGAUACUGAUCCCAAACUGCUGGCAUUAAGAGGUGGGUAUGCUGAAAGAAUUGCUCAGAUAAGCAGAAAAAGAAAGAAAGCUCGAAAAAGUCUAGCAUUUGAUUCAAGACGAAGUACGACUGUGGGGUAUAUGGAGGAAAAUGGCCAAGAUGAGAUGAACAGAAUCGAUGUUGGCUCAGAGAGUAAUGGGAAUGAAAUUUUGUCUGAAGAUUUUGAAGGUUGUCAGGAUAACAUGAAGGGGUUACACACAAAUCCAAGGAAACUUCCUAGUAAACAUGUAAACCCAGCUUCCUUACAAAGAAUCUCAGACACUCAAAAUAACAGAAGAAGCUUGGGUGAAGAUUUUAUUGAAAACCAGAAACAUACCCAUGGAAGGAGAAUAGACAGUGAUAAGGAUGGGACAGUUCAUAGACAGCAUGUAAGAAAGUCAGUGAAAAGUUUAAAAGAUGUUGUUGGACCAAAACUGCAGAAGGAUUUAAAACAUGUUAAGAAAUUUGAUUCAACAUUUACAAUAGAUUUUGAAAGUCCACUCCGGGAUUACAAACUGAAUAAAUAGGCCUGAAAAUAUAUGCAUGUAGAUAUUAAUGCAUUCUGUUAAUGUAUGAAUUUUGUAUAUAAAUUGACCAUCAGGAAAUUAAUAAAUUUUGUGAUUAUCAGGGUAUUAGCAUUUUGUAUAAAUAAAAUUAAUGAUAAUAUAAAUCUGGAUUUUGUAUAAAUUGUAAUAUCUCAUCACUUAAAUAGUGCUGUUGUAAGAGAUACUGUAAAUAAGCUUAAUUUCGUUAGCAUAAAAUUCACUGGUUUAUGCAAAAACAACUAUCUUGAAUGGAGAAUUUAAAGAGAUAAAACUAAAUAUGUCAGUUUAUUGUAUUUAAUUAUAUUUGUAGAAGCAACUUAAAAGUUCCGAAAAAUUAUUCCCCUUCAAAUGAUUUUAUAGUAUUAGUGUAUCAAGUUGUAUUCUUGCAUUAAAACUACCUUUUUUCACUGGAUCUAGUUCUAUGGUGGCCGCAGUGACUGAAGUAUACGAUCUUACUAAGGUAAGACCUGAUGACCGUCCAGCAAGUUCAUCUACAAGAUUUCUAAUAUUUUUAACCGUUAUUUCAACCAAAAUUUACUUUUAAACAGUCUAGCCUUGGUAACUUCCUUAGAUCAGUACUGA